AUGGAUUCGCCAUUCCCGAAAUCAUCCUCUGUUGCCGGAGAGGGCGAGAUUGUCGCACAAAUCCUUCCCAACGGUCUUUCAGGUCUUCAGACCAUGUCAUACCAAUACCCGCUGAAACUCAUCUCGCCCUCCCCAGCAGCCGAUCAGAAAUGCGCUUUGGUCUUCCUCCUAUCCUAUGGCGGCGGACUGGUCGGCGGCGACAGUGUAAACUUGACAAUACGCGUGCUUCCCGAAGCAAAACUCGGCAUUGUCACUCAAGGUCACACCAAGAUCUUCAAGUCCCCCUCUCCCGAUGUCGUCACGCGUCAAAAGCUCAGAGUCUACAUCGAAGAUGAUGCUGGGUUGUGUCUUCUGCCAGACCCAGUGCAACCCUUCGACGGAAGUGUCUAUGAACAGACACAGAUUUUCAUAGCGGCACCAACUGCCUCCCUUUGUAUCCUAGACUGGGUGACCCAAGGAGGCUCAAGGUCCUCUGGCGGAUGGGGAGGAGGUGGCGGUGGUGGUGGCUCCGGUUCUGGCGGUGGAUUCUUCGGCGGAGGCGGCCGCGCCAAGAGCGAAAGAGGCGCCUUCGGUGAAGCCUCAGGCCGCCGCGAAGCCAGAAUUAAUGCCGAUAGACUGGCCGGGCAUUUGGUCGACCGCGAACCAGACUCCGACGACGAAGAUACCGCAGCCCUGGUUAACUCUAAGCCUGAUAAUAUCUGGCCAAUGGGCAUUGCUAGGAUCGACAAAAAGGAAGAGAAGAAGGUCAUCGCGACAACGGCAGAGCUCGAGGCAGCAGAGGACGGCAAGACGGAAGAGAGCCUGUGGGUUGACGAAGGCGCUUCGUGGGCUGGUCCUGCCCCUGAGGUGGACGACGACAGCAAGGUCUGGCACGCGGCACCCAAGGGUGCCGUGCAGAUCAAGGCGGAGCCAGGAGCCGAAACCGGCGCAAUGGAGGUCGACCUCAGCAUGGUGAAGUCUGCGGAUGCUGAGGUCGAAGAGAAGGUGACGCCCGAACCGAAGGUCAAGAAGGCUCUGGCCGAUCCUGAGCUGGACAUGAUCACCCAGGAUAUGCAACUUCUUCUCAGCGAGCUAGGUACCGUUUCCGACGAGAUCUCGAAAGCGCCUGAGGAUGGUGCCGUGCAGGACAAGGAUGGACGACUGUACCUGUUCCAAUUCCCCCCCCUCCUACCGCCAUUGCACCCCACGACUGCACCCAAGGUGAAGCCCGAGCCGGACGACUUGGUCAUGUUGGAUCAUCCAGCUGGCGGACCUGUCGAUCUCACCAACUCAGAGGAUGAUGUCAAGCCCAAAGCCGAAGAAGUUGACAAGAACAUUGACCUCACCGACAUAUCGCAGCUCGUAUCGCAAGCUGGUAUGAUGGGCAAGCUCAAGGUUCGCAAAUCUGGCAAGGUUGAAUUGGAUUGGGGCGGGCGCACGCUCGAGCUUAGCCCAGCAGCAGGAAUGAACUUCCUAACAACGGCAGUCAUUGUCGAGGAGUCGGACGAGAAGGCGAAGCAGGGCUUCAUUGGCGGCGACAGCAUUGGUAUGGGCAAAAUCAUGGGCAGAUUCGUACUCGCUCCUACAUGGGGUGACGAAGAAGAGUGGAUUGUUGAUCCGGAGGAUCUCGUCGUUUCCGAGGAGGCGUCGUAG